AUGCGCGGACCCCGCAUCCAGCCAUGCUUCUACCAUCCACAUAAGAUGUCGACGAUCUGCGACGUGGCCAAGACCUACAGGCACUACUGCUCCCGGGAGUGCUUCCUGCGAGGCUGGCACACACUGCCACAGCAUUCCUGGAAUCCGAAGCCCGACGAUAACGAGGCCGAGGAUCCCAUCGCGCAGUGGACUGAGGUGGGACAACAGCGUCAAUAUAGCCCGACGCAGAACGACAUCGAGAGGCCUCUUCGUUUGGACAUCAUCCCGCUGACCAAGAGCGGCAAGGAGGCCCCCAAGGGGAAGAUGACGAUCACCACGGGCACGGUCAUCCCGACGCCCAAGGAAGCCCGCAUGCGCCAGAUGAUUAGCAACGGUGGGACCUUCAACGCAGAGUGGCUGCAAAAGCAGUUCAAGGUCUUCAACUGGAACAUCCUGGCCGACUUGUACGCAACGGAGAACGUCUACCCCUACUGCGAGAAGUGGGCACUGAGUUGGAAUUGGCGAAAGCACCUCAUCAUCAAGGAAGUGAAGUCCAUGGGAGCAGACAUCAUCACUCUUCAGGAGGUUCAAAAGGAUGCCUUCGAUGAGUGGUUCAAGCCAGAGUUGGCCACGGAGCAGUACGAGGGCCUCUUCCAACAGAAGAAGCGAGAUCCCAUUUUUCACAGGGGGAAGUACACCAGCGAAGGAUGUGCCACGUUUUGGCGGACAAACCGGUUCAAGCGCGUCGACAAGCACAUCUUCGACUACGACAAGCUCUCACAGCAGGAAGUGGCGCAUCUGGUGCGGGACUCAAAGCAGGAGGAGAAGGUGAACCAGAGGCUGUCGAAAGGCAACAUUGCGCUCGCCGUGAUUUUGGAGGACAAGCACAUGAAGACGCGGCAUGGCGUGGGACACCAGCUUUGCGUCGUGAAUACACACAUCCUGUGCGACCCUGCAGCGGCAGACGUGAAGCUGUGGCAGUCUCAUCUUCUGAUCAAGUCCAUCAGAGACACGACGCGAGGGAAUAUCCCCACUCUGGUUUGCGGCGAUUUUAACUCAACGCCCGACUCUGCCGUGUACGAGUAUUUCCGACGGGGGCAGGUGCGGCCCGACCACGAGGACCUAAAGAAGGACCCCUGCGGCCUCAUCAGGCAGCUCACCUUGCAGCACAACUUUCAGAUGGCCACCGCCUACGAGACCUGCACGUGCAAGGAGGCCACCUUCACCAACUACACCGAGGAUUUCAAGGGGACCUUGGACUACAUCUGGUUCUCGCCAGAGAACAUCUCCGUGCUGGCGAUCUCGCAGGUGGACGAUGAAGCAGAGCUGUCCAAGGUUAAUCGUGCGCUCUCGGUGGGUUAA